GGGAGCACACAGGAAUUUGAGAGAUGUUUUUGCUGGGACUUCUAUCUGUCUUGCUUUUCUUCAGCCAAGAUCUUCAAGUAGCUCCGUACUCAUAUGAGAACUGCUUAGUCCAUGGAAACUUGGGGGGAAGGAUGAAAAUGCUAUGCUAUAAGAGAAACUUGUCUCAAGUUCCAGCUCAUCUUCCUAGCAACAUAAAAAGCUUAGACCUGUCUGAGAAUUGGAUUGCACGCCUAAGGCAGAAUGAUUUCAAGAACAUGAGCCUGUUGCAAAUGUUAAACGUUUCUCAGAACCAAAUAAAUGUCAUUGAAGAAGGCACAUUCAUUCACACAGGCAGCCUGGAAUUCCUGAACCUCACUUCAAACCAGCUGAGAAUUCUUUCCAGCUCUACGUUUGAUGGAUUGGUGAAUCUUACUGUCUUGCUACUCAGGAAGAACAACAUUGACAGGAUUGAGCUGUCGACUUUUGACCAUCUGAUAAAGUUAAAGGUAAUUGAUUUAACUUCAAAUAAGUUACAUUUUGUGAAAGCUUUGGAUGCUGUGUUUAAGGUGAAGUCUUUGGAAAUGCUGCAAAUUAGUGAGAACAACAUAACAAAUUUUACAACCAAAGAUAUUCUUUAUGUGCCCAUGAGGCUUCAUGAACUGGAUGUAUCCCACAAUCCGAUCUCUUUCAUUGAUGUUACAACCGAUGCUUUGCACAGUCUUGUUUCGUUGAACUUAUCCUUCUCUGGCAAACAUAACCACGUUAUAUGGCUUAUACAAGAUCCAUGUCUCCUGAAAGGGUUAAAGAAAUUAUAUUUAGGAGGAAUAUUUAUGACACCAGGAGACAUAUCAACUGUUCUCCAAAAACUGAGCUGCUCUUUGCUUGAGGAUAUCCACCUAAAUGAUUUGAACUUGACUGAUUCUGACAAUCUCAUAGAGGAGGUCUGCCUUUGGCAGCAACAUGUCAAGGCUCUGAAUUUACAAGGCAAUAGAUUCAAAAGCAUUAGAGCAACUGUCUUUGAAAACUGCACUCAGCUGAAGUACUUGGAUAUGACACACAACAAGUUACAAGUGAUACUGUCUACAUCUUUUCAGUUCCUGAAUGCUUUAGAAUUUUUGUUCCUGGCAAACAAUAAGUUCAGUGAAGUACCUAUUGUGACUUCAAAUAUAACAUCACUAAAAAGCUUGGAUCUCAGCUUUAACCAGAUUCAGAAAAUUACCCCAAGUGACUUUGCUGGUCUGAAGAAUCUGCAGUUUCUCAAUCUAACUGGAAACCAGAUCACUAAAAUCAAUUCAGAGUUAUUUCAGGAUUUGGAUAAUUUGUUGGAGUUAAAUUUGGGAAUGAACAUCCUUUUGGAAAUCUCACAGCCUUUCUCAGAUAGUUUAUGGAAGCUGGAAAAAAUAAACCUCAAAAGAAAUAAGAUGAACUCCAUCAAGAAAGGCACUUUUAGGAAUCUGACUUCCCUGCAAUUUCUCAACCUGGUGGACAACCAGAUUAGCACAAUAGAACCAGGAGCCUUUGAAGGGCUGAGCAGCCUGCUAACAUUGCUUCUUGGCAGCAACAGGAUCACCAGGAACACUUUGCAGAAGGGCAUUUUCGAAGGGGCAAGCUCAAUAGUAGAGCUUCAGCUUUUUAACAAUUACAUCUCUUAUGAGUCAGCUGGAAAACUUGACAACCCUCCCUUCAUUCUCUUGAAGUCUUUAAAGAAACUUACUCUGAACAGCCAACGUCAUCUAGGGCUUCAGAAUUUCCCAUCUAACUUCUUGCAAGGUCUGGAAUCAUUAGUGUCAAUCCAUGCUGGCAACUUGGACAUCAGCUCCUUGCACCCAGACACUUUUAGUUACACCCCUGGGCUCCAAGAACUGGAUUUGAGCAACAAUCUGAUCAGUCCUAUUAACCUGGACCUUUUCCAGCCUGUAGCAAACCUGACAGAAUUACACCUCAAUAAAGUAGGGCUUCAGUCACUCAGUUUUCUUCUUCAUGUCAACUUCUCUAAGCUGGCAGUGCUCAGAGUAGCUACAAAUGAGCUUGAUGUUAUUAAACCGAACCACAUUGCAGCUUUGCCAUUUCUUACUUUCCUGGAUCUCAGACACAAUCCUUUUACCUGCUCUUGCAACAACAAAGCAUUCCUCAAUUGGUCCCUUAAUAACUUAAAAACCCAGGUGAUCUAUUUGUAUGAGUACACUUGUGCUUUCCCACCCAGCAGUAAAGGAGACAAGCUGUGGACCUUUGAUUUCUCCUCCUGCACUGCUAAUCUCGACUUCAUCUUGUUUAUAACUAAUUCAACCCUAGUUAUUUUGCUGAUGAUUGUCUGCCUCUUUUAUCACUGGAGGUGGCAGGGGAUUUAUGCCUACCAUCUAUUACUUGCUUAUAUUUAUGACAACAGGCACAAAAGAAAAAGGCAGCAUAAGAAAUACGACUAUGAUGCGUUUGUCUCCUACAACACAGAGGACGAAAAAUGGGUGAUCAAUGACCUCCUUCCCAAGCUGGAAGAUGAGUACCACUGGAAGCUGUGUCUGCACCACCGGGACUUUGAACCAGGAAGAGCUAUCCUGGACAACAUUGUGGAUAAUAUCUAUGGGAGCAGGAAAACUAUCUGUGUCAUAACCCGCCACUAUCUUGAAAGUGAAUGGUGCUCUAAGGAGAUUCAGGUAGCCAGCUUUCGCCUCUUUGAUGAACAUGAGGAUGUCCUGGUCCUGAUUUUCCUGGAAGACAUUCCUGCUGGUUAUCUAUCACCCUACCAUAGGAUGAGAAAGCUGGUAAAGAAAAAAACAUACCUUGCAUGGCCCCAGGAGAAGGAAAAGAUUCCACUCUUUUGGCUUAAACUCCAUAUGGCCUUGAAGACAAGCGAAGGGAAAGUGGAUGAAGAUCCUAUUUUGUCUGUGAUUGUUCCAGAUGAAGACCAAUAAAGACAGUUCCCAGUAGUAAAUGUCUCUCUAUGGCAUGCCUAAUGGUCUUAUUCUGUAGUUUUUAGCUACAUCAACCUUACAAAAAGUAUUGUGAACUUUGAAUGAUCUUUACUCUAAAUAUUAAACUCUAAUUUUUAGGGUA